AUGAUAGGGCGCUAUUUGCCCAUUUGGAGAGACCCGACUGUCGAUUGUGUCCGUGUGUGUCAGUGUGGGUGUGGGUGUGUACAGUAUCGUCAUGUCAACACCUCCACACUGGAGUGGGCCUCCACUCAACAGUCAAGUUGUGGGCUCAUUUUCGCCCUCUUCAUGUCUGCCCCAAAUGGGGUGAGAUGCCGACCCCUAAACCGUCCGUUGGAAGACUGUCGCCUGGGCGGUUGGCCGUUGAGUUUGCUCUAUCCACGAGAUAGCCCUCUACAGACACCAGAAGCGAGGGUGAACGAUAAGGAAAAUGAGAAGAAGACUGUCACGGCACUGUCUUCAUUUCAUACCUUUUUGUUGGUCGCCGCGACUCCUCGUCUGUCCCAUAGGCAGGACGGUGGACAUGCACUACCUCUCAACAUCUUCGCGGCAGCCAUCCCCAGCCUCCUGCCGGGCAAACCAGCGAGGCUGGAGAGAAAGACGACUAAGCACAAUCUGAUUGGCUCUGGCCUCGUUUAA